AUUGACAGAACUUUUUUUUUAGUUUUUUUAAAUUGUUAUGUCAUCUCGUUGUACAGUUAAUAAAUAAUUUGUCUGUUUAAUCUGUUAUAUUGCCUAGUCUGAAAACCUGCACUUGGUUAAUGUAAUGGGUUGCAUCUGCCACAUAUUGCUUGAUCAAAGAAAUAACAAUGUCACCUUUUAUAUAGUGUGAUGUGAAAUGUUGUGCUAUUUGUAGUAGGGAUGGAAUGUUCUACAUCAGUGCUGCCCAACUUAUUACAUGUAGUGGGGCUAUUAUUUCUCAUAUAUCAUGUUCAAGGGCCAGAUUAAAUUAAAAUGACGAUGUCAUAAAUUAAAGUUUAUGAGCAGUCCAGGGGCUAUAAAAAUUAUUUUGGAGGGUCAUGUACUGCCCGUGGGUUUCCAGUUGUACAGCUCUGUUCUAUAUUAUGAAAGUUCAGCACUGAAAGGUAAGUUUAUGCUAUAUAACUGCUUCUUGUUUGGUAUCAUCACAUAGAGUGGACAAUGACUGAUACCUGCUCUCUGUACCAUUUGUGUGACCAUACUAACUCACAUUAUUUGCACUUCAGCUACUUAUUCUUUUUGAUUACUUUUUAUAGUUUCAGGUAGGUCUGUCAGGAGGAAACCUUCCUCUCCAUUCUCAUGUCUUCAGGUCUCCCUGGUCAUUAUCUGUUUGUGGGCCUCCGGCUGUUGUUGAUCAGCAGUCUUCAACUCCCUGAAUCCUUCAACAGCCACCUGUUGUUUGGAGUUCUGGAAGUUGUAAUGAUAUAGUUGGAGACCCACAAGUUACAUUUUUCUGAACUAGGAAAUUUAUGAAAUAAUUUGUUGUUUUCUUUUGCAUAAGAUAUACUGUUUUCAUAAAAUACUUUCUCCAAGUAUAAUAUUCUAUGUCAUCUGUAGUUCUCAGUUUGCCUUAGGGCAGUGACACGCUGAACAUUUGGUCAUCCAGAAUUAAUUUCGGCUACAGCGGGUGAGAAAACAUGCAAAUCACUGAUGGGGAAACAUAUGAAGUCCUGCAGCUCUGUGCGAGGAACUUAGGACGACUUUGUGCUGCGUGUUUGCAUGUUAGUCGGUGGAGAGGAAGCAAGGGAUGUUUUGUCAUCCCAUGUAGCUGAGAUUAAUCGUGAAUAGCAAAACGGCUGUAUGUCAUUUAAAAUUGUCUGUAUCAACAGUUGAUAACUGGGAAAUCGGAAAUGCUGCACAUAUCUGCUCAGUAACACAGCCCAGUGUCUUGAUAUCAGCCUUAUCUCAGGAACCAUUUGGCGAAGUCCAGUUCAGCAGGUGUUCCAUCUCAUGGCUUCCUUACAUUGUUGCCUGCUUGAAUUUUAUCUCCUCAUUUUAAAUUCAAAUAGAGUAUUUGUUUUUCUGAGUCUCUCACAUUCUUGCUUGGGGAUUAUCACAUGCUGAAUUUCUCUCUGCCUGUUCAUGCAGCUUUUCGCCAAAUCUAAUAACAAGUCAGCAUUAUUACAUGUGUUUGAUAUCAUGUUUCAUCCUGUGGUUCAGAUACAUACUUGAGGUAUUCACUCACCAUGACAGGCUUGUGUAAAGUGUAGUGUUUAAUGUACUAUCUGGCAUGAGGAUAUUGGCAACUGCUGUGUACCAAAUAAUACCUAUGGAACCAUGCAGAGGGUGAGGGAGGACACAGGAGGAGUCUUUGCAAAUGAUUGGCUGUGAUGCUAAUUGCACAGGGAAAUUCAGCUGUCUGAAAGGCAGCUUUCUGUCCCAGUCCUGUGAUUAACACUAGUGGUAUGGCAAGGACAGCACCAUAGAUAUAAAUAGUAUAAGGCAUUAACCAAGGCAUAGGGAGCUCAAUAUUAGUUCAGGGGGCACUUGCAGAUCGUCAGCCCAGGCAGCCAGCUGAGAACACACACACAGAACUGGGAUCCCAGCCUGACAUUCAAUAGAUACUCCAUUGGCUUUUACUGGACAUCCAUGUAUGGCAGAGUGUUUCCCUGAAACCUGCACAGACAGCUGUAAUUCGCAAAAAUAUGGCCUUACGCGAUGCAAAUAGAAUUCUACGCGUGAUGUUCUGCGCAUUGUUUGUUACACUUGGGUACACAGGCACAUGCCCUGAAGAUGACCCUCAGCUAAAACACUGGAGUCCUGGCCACAAUGAAGACAAUCACGUGAUCAUCAAUGGAACCACAAAGUUUCUUCUCACUUCAUCUGCCACUGUGCGCUCUGUGCAUAUCACUGGAGGAGGGAAACUUGUCAUUAAAGCCAGCGAGAACCCCAUAAUUCUGCACACAAGAUCUAUACUGGUGGAGCAUGGAGGGGAGCUGCACAUCGGAAGCGAGAACUGUCCUUUUCAAGGUCAUUUUACCAUCGUCCUUUAUGGAAGGUCAGAUGAUGAUGAGCCGCCUCAUGACUAUUUUGGACAAAAAUUCAUUGGAGUGGGAGUAGGAGGAACGCUCGAAAUUCAUGGCGCGAAAAAGUUGUCUUGGACAUUUCUGAACAAGACACUGCAUCCUGGGGGCAUGAGUGAAGGAGGAUAUUACUUUGAGAAGAGUUGGGGUCACCGUGGGGUAAUUGUUCAUGCAAUCAGCCCAAAGACUGGUGAAGUGAUUUAUUCUGACAGGUUUGACACAUACAAAUCCAGAGAUGAGAGUAUCCGUUUAGCUCACUAUCUCAAAUCCGUCUCGGAUGGAACUAUCCUGUCCAUUGCUGUGAAUGAUGAGGGCUCCCGGCACUUGGAUGACUUAACAAAGAAAACCAUGACAAGACUGGGCAGCCGGCACUUUCUGCACCUUGGAUUCCGGCACCCCUGGUGUUUUAUUACUGUAAAAGGAGACCCAUCAAGUGCCGUGGAAGACCAUGUUGAAUACCAAGGAACCAGGGGUUCUGCGGUGGCCACAGUGCACAAACUAUUUCAAGCUGAAAAUGGUGAAGCCUUUAAUGUGUCUUUAACCAGUGAGUGGAUUCAGGAUGUUGAAUGGACAGAGUGGUUUGACAAGUAUGACAACACAAUGUACCGGGACUGGGAGAAACUCUCUGAACUAAGGGCCAUUUAUCCUGGAAAGAUCUGCACACACCCUGUCGACAUCCAGAUAACUGCCCUUGAUGGCACCACUCUUCCAGUACACGUGGUCUAUAAAGGGGGACAGGAUUAUAGAUUUGAAUGUCAAAAGAAUGACCAGAUCAGUUUACAGUGCCCAAACUACAAAGUCCGGUUCCUUUGUGGAAAACCUGUGAGACCCCGUUUGAUAAUGUCCAUAGACACCAAUGUGAAUAGCACCAUCCUGCAUCUGGCAGGCAAUGCCCAGUCGUGGAAAGCAGGAGAUGUCAUUGUUAUGGCCAGUACUGAUUACUCUAUGCACCAGACUGAAGAAUUUACUUUGAUGCCCUGCAGAGCCUGCUCUCCCAAUCAGAUCAAAGUGGAAGGUAAAGCCAAGUACCUGCACGUCGGUGAGCAAAUGGAUGGUGUUGAUAUGAGGGCAGAAGUUGGUCUCCUCAGCAGGAACAUAGUAAUUUAUGGAAAAAUGGAGAAGACCUGUUAUAACUCUUCGGUUUGCAAAUACUUCAACUUUGACACAUUUGGAGGCCAUCUGAAGGUUAGACGUGGUUUCAAGGCUGUGCAUCUUGAAGGAAUGGAGGUCAGGCACAUGGGGCAGCAGACAAUGGGACACUACCCUAUCCACUUCCACACCGCUGGCAAUGUGGAUGAAAAGGGAGGAUAUUACCCACCCACCUACGUGAAAGAUAUCUCAAUCCAUCACACCUUUUCUCGUUGCAUCACUGUCCAUGGCUCCAAUGGGUUACUGGUUAAAGAUGUCGUGGGUUAUGACAGCCUGGGGCACUGCUUCUUCACAGAAGAUGGUCCUGAGGAACGUAACACCUUUGACCACUGUUUAGGCCUUCUUACCAAAGCUGGAACUCUGCUGCCAUCAGACAGGGAUAAUACAAUGUGCAAAAGCAUCUUGGAUGGCUCAUACCCAGGAUAUGUAGCCAGACCCAGGCAGGACUGCAAUGCUGUCUCCACCUUCUGGAUGGCGAACCCCAAUAACCAUCUAGUCAAUUGCUCAGCUGCAGGGUCUGAAGAAACUGGAUUUUGGUUUGUUUUCCAUCAUGUGCCUACUGGACCGUCUGAAGGAUUGUACCCUCCAGGGCACUCCGAACACACCCCACUCGGAAAAUUCCUUAACAACAGAGCCCAUUCCAACUACAGGGCUGGAAUGAUCAUUGACAAUGGAGUUAAGACCACUGAAGCCAAUGACAGAGACAAGAGACCAAUCCUCACAGUGGUUGGAUCAAGGUAUGGGCCACAUCAGGACUCUGAUCCCUUCAAGCCAAGAGUACCUGCAAAAAUCCAGCAUUUUAUUGCUUACAAGAACCAAGACCAUGGAGCCUGGCUGCGAGGAGGGGAUGUUUGGCUGGAUAACUGCCAAUUUUCAGAUAAUGGCAUUGGAUUAACACUUGCUAGCGGGGGAACUUUUCCAGAUGAUGACGGAUCCAAACAAGAAAUUAAAAACAGUAUAUUUGUGGGUGAGAGUAACAAUGUGGGGACAGAAACUGUAGACAACCCAGUUUGGGGACCAGGGGGCAUUGACCACAGUGGAAGAACUCUGCCAAGGGGCCAAAACUUCCCAAUGCGUGGAAUUCAGAUCUAUGAUGGGCCAGUUAAUAUUGAGAACUGCACCUUCCGAAAAUUCGUAUCUCUGGAAGGACGACACACCAGUGCAAUUGGAUUCCGAUUCAACAAUUCCUGGCAAAGUUGCCCAAAGAAUAAUGUGACUAACGUUACAUUUCAGGAUAUGCCUAUUUCAUCCAGAGUUUUCUUUGGGGAGCCUGGCCCAUGGUUUCAUAAGAUGAACAUGGAUGGGGACAAGACAUCAGUCUUACAUGAUUUGGAUGGUUCAGUUUCGGAAUAUCCUGGGGCGUACCUGGUGAAGGAGGAUAACUGGUUAUUGAGACACCCUGACUGCAUUGAUGUCCCUGACUGGAAGGGAACCAUCUGUAGCGGAAACUAUGCACAAAUCUACAUCCAGGCACGAAGACCAGCUGACCUAGAUAUGAAGAUUAUUAAAGAUGAAUAUCCUGAUCAUCCAAUGCAUCUGGAGGGAGCUUUGAGUAAAAUCAACCAUUUUCAGCAGUACCAGCCUGUGAUAAUGCUGCAGAAAGGCUACACAGUGCACUGGGAUAAGACUGCCCCAGAGGAGCUCACAAUCUGGCUUAUCAAUUUCCAGAGGCACAACUGGAUUCAAAUAGGAUUUUGUUAUCCUAAAGGGACAACAUUUUCCAUCCUCUCAGACAUCCACAAUCGUCUCACAAAGCAAACCUACAAAACAGGAACCUUCAUGCGAACCUUCCAGAUGGAUAAAAUCUACCAGGCCCACCCCGGCAGGGGUUAUUAUUACUGGGAUGAAGAGUCGGGGCUUCUGUUCAUUACACUGAAAGCACAAAAUGAAAAAGAGAAAUUUUCCUUCUGCUCUGCAAAAGGUUGUGAGAGAAUAAAGAUCAAAGCUUCCAUUCCAAAGGGUAGAGGCGUCAGUGAUUGCCAGGCAUUAGCCUAUCCCAAAUAUGCUCAGACUCCAGUGGUGGAUGUGCCAAUGCCAAAGAAGCUGGACCCAAAACAUCUGCCAACAUCUAGCGAUCACUUCCUGGAGAUAAAAGCUGAGACUUACAACACCCGAUACUUCCAUCUGAAUGAUGACUUUGCCUACAUUGAAGUGGGCGGCACAAAGUUUUUUAUGCAGGAUGAUGGGAUUGAAGUCGUUGUAAUUGAUGGAUACAAUGGGAAAGUUGUGGAUAGUGCAAGCUUCAGGACCUCCAUUCUCCAAGGAAUUCCAGCACAAUUCAACAACUACGUCACUAAUAUCAAGGAUGACUCAGUGGUGGUCAUUGUCUCCAAGGGAAGACUGUAUCCCAAGGGCCCAUGGGUGAAGGUUCUGGGGAGACUUGGAAUGGAGGCAGAUGUAAAGCUGAAAGAGAAAAUGGCCUUUGUAGGCUAUAAGGGACAAUUUCGUCCUGUGUGGAUCAAGCUGGUUACCAACAAUGAAGCAGCAAAAAUCUUUCAAGCCAUUCCAUACCCUGUGAAAAGGAAAAUGAAAUUAUGAAGCUGAAGAGAGGCCUUACCUUUAUCAUCACUGCCAGGAAAUUGAGGAGCCCAUUAGGUCAAUGCACAACUGCUCCUCCCAAGGACUGUGUUCUCUUUAUACAGGUUGUGCCAGGCCAUUCUUGUCUCCAGGUAGAUGGAAACCUGUCUCUAGCACUUAGAAUAAGGUCUCUUAGAAAAGCUAUGUUUCCAUGCAUGGGAUCUUAUUGCUCUCAGCUGAAAAGUACACCAGGGGUAACUUCUAAUGCAUUUCUGUUGUUAAGGCUCGGUACAGUAGCUACUGUUUUGUGGUGUGUGAAAUUCACUUUGGGUCACAUUGUUUGCAUCAAACAUAUUUUUUACCAAAAUAUUAGUGUAAUCUUUACACCCGAAUUCACCCACUUGAGUGUGUUGUACCCUAUUCACGCAAUGUGCUUUAAUGGUCAUCUUGUAUAUCCGUUCUGGAGCUACACUAUAUAGCACUUAACUGAUAGAUGGAGAUGAUUUACACUGAUAAAAUUGCUUUGUGUAAGUAUGUACAAGUGCCAAUUUGCUGUGAAAAUGCCAUUUCUUAGAUUUGAAGUUGUCCAAAGCCUUCAGAACUUAUGCUUUGGGACCAGAAAUCCAGUGGCAGGUGAAACAAAGCCCAGUGAAUAUGACUUUACUGACCUGCUGAUCAAUAUGAGAAGAACAAUUCAUCACAUUGUGACAUGUGCCCAUUGUACUCAUGGGGAAAUGAUGGUGCUUUCCAGUACAUUAACACAUUAAUUAUGCACCACACUGAGGCACAAAUCUAAACUUCUCUCUAGGUUAUAGUUUCAGCAUUAUCACUUAUUCCAGAAUAAGUGAUACAUUUAAAAGCACAUAAAGAUCCUGUCUUUUGACAGUCUAUAUGCCGGUGAGUGGGAACAUCCUUGUGCUACACUGGCAAAUUUGUGAUCCUAGAAAUCUGCCCUGUGUUUUACAGUAGCUUUACAAUAGGAGAGCAAUUCCAAGGCUCUUAGAUACACUAAAGCAAGGCUGUCUAGCUUGUGCCCAUGGGCCAUCAUAUAUGAUCCUCCAAAACAUUUUGUAACCUCACACUGCUGAAGACCUCUACUGAAACCUUUGGAUGAUAUCAUCAUUUUUUUUAUAUUCUAAUGCCUAAACAUGCAGUGUAGUGUAUAAGUGGCUUAUUCUAUGGUCACCCUUACACCACCCGCCUCCUACUCCAAACACUGGCCAAGCAGCAGACCAAGUGCAGUGCAAGAGAUCUAUGAGAAGGUGGAUCGUGCAUCUUGCCCCUUUUCUGUAAAUGAGUCAGGAACUUGUCUGCUUAAACCUGACACUGUACCAUAUAGCAAUGAACCAGCACACACUGGUCUCUCAUUAAUGCCAAAUAGACCUUAUUGGUGCAUUAUUAACAGUAACAAUGGCACUAGCUCACUUUAAACUGAUUUUUAUUACAUUUUUAUGCAUAGAAGUUCCAAGCAUUUUUUAAUUCCGCAGUCAAACUCAUACCCUGUUAUUGUAUUCUAUUUCUGUAUGGUCCGGCAAUGUGCCCAGUCAUGUUUGCCUCAUGGAAUAGUCUAGUAAACAUUAGUAUGUUAUCAGCCAUGAGUGAUACCACAUUACUAGUUGUCUCAACAGUGGUCUGUGGAACCACAGAGUUCAUGUUUCCUGCUCUGGUCCCUAAACGUCCCAGUGCCUGGUUAUGUGGUUACCUUAUAACAGGGUUGCCCAAAAGGUAGAUUGGGAUCUACCAGUAGACUUGUAGCUGUGAUCAAUAGAUCGCAAGACACUGUUUACAAACAGCUUGUCUAAAUCUAAGUAAAUUUAUUAAAGUAUGGGCACUCCUGCCUUACAAUAUAGUAGAAAGGCCUCAAGUUCCAAUAUGUUUAAAUAGGGGAGACAUAUCUGACUGUAUCUCAGCUGACCAAGGAGUGAUAUAUUGAACCCCUUAUAACAAGGUUUUUCACCUAUUUAUAGGAGAAGGAAAGUCUUCUUCCACUUGGGGGUGCAAAUGUUAGGCACCCCCAUGUGAUUGUAUUUACUU